AUGGUCGCCGCGCGCCCCCGGCUCGAGGUCCUGGACCGCGGCGCCCUGCCAGCCUUCACCACCCCGAGCAAGCGCAUCCACGAGGCCGCCGACGUGCCCGCCUUCCUCACCAGCCUGGCCUACCGCGACAUCGGCGUCUUCAUCAUGCAGCUCAACCACGCCGUGUGCCCGCGCCGCCGCCCCGGAAACGCCGCCGCCCCGCCGCAGACCUUUGCCCUCCCCAUCCAAGGGUCCGCCCCCCCCAGCGCGUCCGUCGCGGCGCUGCAGGAGCUGCUCGCCGGCAUCGAGCGCCUCGUUGAGGAGGCGCCGCCCGCGCCCGGCCCGCGCCGCUUCGGCAACCUGAGCUUUCGCGCGUGGCACGCACUGCUGGCGCAGAGGGUGGACGGCAUGCUCGGCAGGAGCUACCUCCUAGGCGCCUUUGGUAGCGCGCAGCGCCUUGACUACGGCACGGGUCACGAGCUCAGCUUCGUCGCGUUCCUCGGGUGUCUGUGGAAGCUCAGCCACUUCCAUCAGACGGAGAGGCCCGUGGCCGAGGUGGAGAGAGAAAUCGUCUUUUCCGUCAUCGAACCGCAAGUAGUAGCGGCCCAACCGCACGCUCCCCCUCACUACGUGCACCAGACUGACCAAGGGCAGAUAUUUGAGGCUCGUUCGAAAGCUCAUCACCGUAUACACGCUGGAACCGGCGGGCUCGCACGGCGUAUGGGGCCUCGACGACCACUCCUUUGUGCCGUACAUUUUCGGCUCUGCGCAGCUGACGCGGCCCAUCGACGACAACGACCCCAUGCCGCUCGAGGGUUCCGUCAGGGGUGCGCCCAAGACUGGCGACAUCACCAAGGCACUAGUUGUCGAGGAUAA